AUGGAGGCCACGGUGCCCGGCGCCUUCCUGCUCAACGGGCCUCCCUUCGGCGAGGCCAAGGCGCCCGUGUGCCAGUACGCGGUGCAGGGCUCCUUCUACAAGCUGGCGGCGCCUGCGCUGCCCGCCGGCACGCCGCACGGCAUCUCCGACAUCCUGGGGCGCCCGGCGGCCGCCGCGGCGCCCGGCGGCCUCCUGCCUCCGUACGCGCACCCGGGAGCCUUCGGCGGCCUCGGAGCCCAGGGCGUCUACUACGGGCCCCAGGCGGGCGCCUUCCCCAAGGCCGGCGGCGACUUGGCGCCGCGCGCCCGGAGCUGCUGGGCCGAGGGCGCCGCGGAGUGGCGCGGAGGGCGGCACUGCGGAGGGCCGCCGGCGCACCUCGCCGACGGGAUGCACAAGAAGAAGCACACGCGUCCCACCUUCACGGGCCACCAGAUCUUCGCGCUGGAGAAGACCUUCGAGCAGACCAAGUACCUGGCGGGCCCGGAGCGCGCCCGGCUCGCCUAUUCCCUCGGCAUGACGGAGUCRCAGGUGAAGGUCUGGUUCCAGAACCGUCGCACCAAGUGGAGGAAGAAGAGCGCCCUGGAGCCUUCAUCCUCCUCGCAGCGGGYGGGGGGCGGCGAGCGGGCGGCCUCGGAGCCCGAGGACGACGAGUACAACAAGCCGCUGGAUCCCGACUCGGACGACGAGAAGAUCCGGCUGCUGCUGCGGAAGCACCGCGCCGCCUUCUCCGUGCUGGGCCUGGGCGCCCACAGCGGCUGA